GCUUAUUGUUGACAUUGCCGGUGUCUGCUUUGUGUUGUUGCCUGAAUGUCAGAGGCCAAAUAUCAGUCUGCAAGCUGGGAAGAUCAACUCUGCUCUCACCGCCACCAGCAGCCGUAUCUGAGUCUCCCUCCACAAUCUGACAGAAAAGUUAAUGAAGACACUUGCAGAAGACUCAAGAUCCUUUUCUUAUUCAAGCUGUUAAUCUACUCUUCCUUUGGCACUUUGAGUCAAGCAGCAGAGAAUCCGACCUAUCAUGUGAAUGGGAUCCUGGGAGGAUCAGCCUUCCUUUCUUUAAAUACACCCUCAGCCAAAAAAGUGGUCAACAUUGAAUGGUCCUUCCACCCCACAUCUGGGGAGCCAUACCUGCUUGGUGAGUUCAGGGAUGGAAAACAGGAUCAGUCACAUCUCAGGAGCUGGUAUGAACAACUGAUGGAAAGUGGUGAUGCCGUCGCAUUGAGGAUCAAUAACUUGGCAAUGCUUGACGAGACCACUCUGAGGAUCAAGAACCUGACAAUGGAGCAUAGUGGGCUCUAUGAAGCUCGUGCCUGGUUUAAUGCCGCGCAGUUCCAAGAACACCACUUCAUCCUCACUGUUUAUGAGCCAGUGCCAAGUCCACGGAUACACCAUAAAGUAGAAUCCAAGACUCCAGAAGGCUGCAGUGUGUCCUUACAGUGCCAGGCACCUGUAAAGGAGGGGUACACUAUCUCCUGGAAAAGAGGGAAUCCCCCCAGGAUCUUAGAAGGAAGUUUGGAUAAGUACUGGCUUUCUGACAAUGGGAGGAAUCUCCACAUCUCCUGGAGAAAAAGCUCUUCUGACUCCACAUUCACUUGCCUGGUCAGCAAUCCUGUUGAUCGAAACAAUGCCUCAUUUGACUUGCUCAAAAUCUGUGCAAGUGAGGAAGGUGGACAACAAAAGUACUGGGGGUUCCUGCCACUUCUCGUCUGUGCUGCUGGAGCUUGUGCAUGUUUGAUAAUGAUAUGGAAGAAGAAAAGGUUGGGAAAGGAGAAAGAUGCUGCCUCUGUGAUGCAAGCUCAAGAGACCUCUUCUGCACCCUUCCUCAGAGGAGACCCCUAAAACAUCGUGAGGACCUACUGAGAUGAGCAUGCACACCAGAAUGCUCCGGAACAGAGUUCAUUUAUCCACUCACCUCGAAACCCCAUUGCAGGAGGUUGGACCAGAGGACCCUUGGGGUCCCUUCCAGCUCUACAAUUCUAUGAUUCUAUGAAGCAAAUCAUCUGAGAGGAGUGCUUGGCUACUACCCAUGAUAACUUUGCUCUGCCUCCGUGGUCAGAGGUAGUAAUGCUUCAGAAUACAAGUUGCUGCAACCUGUAGGAGGGGAGAGUGUGUCAGUUUGAUUUCAUAGCACCCAAAGUAUAGAUCUGAUGUGUAGAGAUCUUUCCUUUUCUAAUUAACUGAGAGGGUUAUGGAAGCUUCUCUGUGUGAAAGAAACAAGCAGAAGGUUCAUGAUGUUUGGGUUAUUCCUUCAGAGAAGCUGAGCAUAGCUUGCUUAAACUGGUUCUAUUAUCUCUUUCCGUCAAGGCAAUGCUGAUUAUAAUAAUAAGCCCAGGCAGAACCUGUCUUUCACUUCUUUUCUAUUUUUCUUUCU